CCUGGCAGGAGUCGCAGGCGAGUUCCGUAAUGUCGCGUCGGCCCGGAUUUUGUGCGGUUUGAACGGAUUGAUUCGAGUCCGGAAAGGAGUCGCAAUGAGGUGCGUCGAGAGGGGCAGCUGAGUUUUGGAGCUUCCUUCGAAAUGUUUCUCCCGUUCUCGGUCGAUUUGUUCGCAGGCUUCGUUCGUCGGACGCGGAGCACAAAACAAUCGAAGCGAUAAAGGUUAUGUCUCCGCGGUCAUUGGACGUGACAAUCGGAGCAAGUUCACCAGACUUGGACCGUUAACCCACAUCGCAUCCAGUUGAAAUUUAAGGAAAGAGGCUGUGAAGGAUGCCGCGGAGUUGAGGAUGAGGACGCUGCGAAUCCUGCUGACGCUGGCGAUCUGCCAGCUCCGAUCCCAUGCGCUGCCCGAUUUAAUAAGGAUCGGAGGUCUGUUCCACCCCGGGGACCACGAGCAGGAGUUGGCGUUCCAGUACGCAGUGGACAAGAUCAACAAGGACCCGACCCGACCCAGCUUCUCCCGCUCCAAGUUCCUCGCCCAAAUCGAGAGGAUCUCCCCGCAGGAUAGCUUCCACGCAUCCAAACGAGUUUGUCAUUUGUUGAGAAGUGGUGUUGCGGCAAUCUUCGGUCCACAAUCUAGUCAGACUGCCAGCCAUGUUCAGUCAAUCUGUGACACGAUGGAAAUCCCACACUUGGAGUCACGUUGGGACUACAGGCUUAGGAGAGAGAGUUGUUUGGUCAACCUCUACCCUCACCCUACUGUUUUGUCAAAAGCCUACGUAGAUUUAGUCCGAGCUUGGGGCUGGAAAUCAUUCACAAUAAUUUAUGAGAACAAUGAAGGAUUAGUCAGACUACAAGAACUUUUGAAGGCGCAUGGCCCCUCAGAAUUCCCUAUCACAGUGCGACAGUUAGGUGAAGGAAACGAUUACAGGCCUCUACUGAAGCAAAUAAAAAAUUCUGCGGAAUCUCAUAUAGUUCUUGACUGUUCAACAGACAGAAUAUACAAAGUUCUGAAGCAAGCGCAACAAAUAGGGAUGAUGAGUGAUUACCAUAGUUACCUUAUUACUUCUUUAGACUUACACAGUGUUGAUUUAGAAGAAUUUAAGUAUGGGGGAACGAACAUUACUGCAUUUCGGUUGGUAGACCCUGAAAAACCAGAGCUUCUCCAAAUUCUGAGGGAUUGGAAAGAAAAUAUUACUUUCAUAAAGACUGAGACAGCUUUAAUGUAUGAUGCGGUAUUUUUAUUUGCUAAAGCUCUUCACGAGCUGGACAGCAGCCAGAGUAUUGAUAUCAAACCCCUAAGCUGCGAUGCUGUCAACACAUGGCUACACGGAUACAGUCUCAUUAAUUACAUGAAAAUCGUUGAGAUUUCAGGUCUAACGGGUGUCAUAAAAUUUGACAAUCAAGGCUUCCGAUCGAAUUUCAUGCUGGAUGUCGUUGAACUCACCAAAGAAGGGUUAACAAAGAUUGGAACCUGGAAUUCAACAGAAGGUGUGAAUUUCACCAAAAGCUAUGGUGAAGCCUACGCUCAAGUUGUAGAAAGCCUGCACAAUAAGACUUUUGUUGUCACCGUUAUUCUGAGUUCUCCAUACGUAAUGUUGAAAGACUCGAGCGAGAAGUUGGUCGGAAAUGAUCAGUUCGAAGGCUAUGGGAUCGAUCUCAUUGCAGACAUCGCUCGGAUCCUAGGGUUCAACUACACCGUGAAAUUGGUUCCUGAUGGGCGUUAUGGCUCGCUCAACAAGCAAACUGGCGAGUGGGAUGGCAUGAUGAAGGAGUUACUUGAUCAAAGAGCGGAUCUUGCGAUUGCUGAUCUCACAAUUACUUAUGAUCGUGAACAAGCUGUUGAUUUCACAAUGCCUUUUAUGAAUUUAGGUAUUAGCAUUCUGUAUAGAAAACCCAUCAAACAACCACCUAAUUUGUUUUCAUUCUUGUCACCAUUAUCAUUAGACGUGUGGAUCUACAUGGCCACAGCUUAUCUAGGCGUCUCAGUUUUACUGUUCAUCCUUGCCAGGUUCAGUCCGUAUGAGUGGGACAAUCCUCACCCCUGUCGCGAUGAGCCCGACGUCCUUGAGAACCAAUUUUCUCUCCUCAACUCUUUGUGGUUUACAAUAGGCUCUUUGAUGCAACAAGGAUCUGAUAUUGCACCAAAAGCUGUCUCUACUCGUAUGGUAGCAGGCAUGUGGUGGUUUUUCACCUUAAUCAUGAUCUCAUCUUACACUGCCAACCUGGCUGCAUUCUUAACAGUCGAGCGGAUGGACUCACCCAUCGAGAGUGCCGAAGAUUUGGCGAAACAAACAAAAAUCAAGUAUGGAGCUUUGCGUGGUGGGUCAACUGCUGCAUUUUUCCGGGACUCAAACUUCACCACCUACCAGCGCAUGUGGUCGUUUAUGGAAUCUCAACGGCCAAGUGUGUUCACUGCAUCAAACGUUGAAGGAGUGGAGAGGGUCACUCGCGGGAAGGGCAGUUAUGCAUUUCUCAUGGAAUCAACAUCCAUAGAAUAUGUGAUCGAAAGGAAUUGUGACUUGACGCAGGUUGGCGGUCUAUUGGAUUCCAAGGGUUACGGAAUAGCAAUGCCUCCUAAUUCUCCUUAUCGAACAGCAAUCAGUGGAACAGUGCUAAAACUCCAAGAGGAAGGGAGGCUACAUAUUUUAAAAACAAAAUGGUGGAAGGAAAAAAGAGGCGGUGGAUCAUGCCGAGAUGAUACCUCAAAAAGUAGCAGUGCUGCAAACGAGCUAGGAUUGGCAAAUGUUGGAGGUGUAUUCGUCGUUCUUCUCGGAGGAAUGGGUGUGGCUUGUGUCAUAGCGGUCUGUGAAUUUGUCUGGAAGAGCCGCAAGAUCGCCAUUGACGAACGGGAGGCGUCGCUGUGCGCGGAGAUGGCAUCCGAGCUCAAGUUCGCCCUCAAGUGCCACGGCUCGACGCGACCAGUCCACAAGAAGCCCCUCCGGUCGGUGGCUACCUCAGACUCGGAGCAGAACUUCAUGGCCAUCGGUGCCUACCAGCCGUACGCCUUCCAACCUCACAGCUGAUUCCACCUCGCCAGGGAAAUGCAAUAGAUUCAGUAGGGAGCACGAUUUUUUUCUUUUUUUCAAACGAUUCGCACAAUUCUAGCACAAAGCAAAGACAAAUCAGAACCCGUAGUAGGAAAAACAUAGGCACGCUCGCCCCAACCAAAUCGGCCGAAACUCUUGAUCUCAGAUCUCGGAGAUCCUUAUUUUGCAGCUAACGUCUUCCCAACUACCUCCUCAAAUAUGAAUCAAAAUGUAUCGUUGAGAGCAGUGACAGCGAAUACAUCUUUCUGAGCUUCAGUCGUCGAAGCAUUUGACGAGCGCACGAAGUGCAUUAGUUAAUUUUUUUCAUUUCUUCAAUUUUUACUCGGCACGACUCUUUUUACUGUAAGGAACGUUUAACAUUUUCUAUUAGAUGCACUUUCAUUGUUAGUUAUUUGUACUAAAAUACGAAUGUGAAGGGGGAAAGUAUCGUUGUACGUUUUGGAGCAACGACUUGGACAUUUAAUCUCUAAAAAUUUGUUCAUUUUCCUCCUUCAGAGACCCGUUCAUCAAGCGAAUCGAUAGGCAAAAUAAAAAACGCACACAUCUCGAUUGUGACAUUUUAAACUCUCCUUUGUUGUUUUAUUUUUGUGGCGAAAAAAGGAUAAACAUCAAUUUUUUCCAAAACUUUUACAGCAUUUCCUACAAAGAAUGAGUAAGAAUCCUUAGAAAUGACGAAUAAAAGGAAUGAUGUAAACAUCGACUGGGCAAUCGUUAUACUUCUAUUAAGGACUUAUUAGUACUACUCGAGUAAAUUCGCAGGUUACAGACAAAGCUAAACUGCAUGUACAACAAGUUUGCAGGCGCCGUUUGAAUCUGAGCGAUAACUAUUCGAACGCCGGUGUAGUGAGGUUGCCUAUACAAAAUUUACAAGGCGUUUUAAAUCCGCGUGACAGAACGAGUAACCCCAAUAUGACGCUUUUUUUUAAAAAAGGCGUGUCCAUGUUACAACGUGUGGUGCCAUCCCCCAGUCAAUCGGCCAAUGGCAAUCGUCCGUGCGGUGCGAUGGCGUAGUUUGAUCAGAGAAUAGGAGUGGGGGAACCGUCGAGAAGCCGAAUGGAAGGGGAAAUGAUAGCGCGGGGAAGAGCGGCGCGGUGCGCGGCGUGCCGCUGUCCAAUCAGAAUGCUGCCCUCUGAGCUCUCCGCGCAUGCGCACCUGCAGCGGAGGGAUGGAUGCCGAUUGGCCGGUGGUAGUAGAGGGGAUGACGGCAUCGCGGAAAGUGCGAAUGCGCGGACGGCGGACGGCUCGGCGGGCAGGAUUCUGAUUGGACAGCGGCACGCCGCUCUUCCCCGCGCUGUCGCUUCCCCUACCAUCCGACCUCUCGGCGGUUCCCCCACUCCGAUUCUCUGACCAAACUACGCCAUCGCAGCGCACAGACGACAGCUUGCUCCGCUGAACGCUCAUUGCCAGAGAGUAUGGAAGGUUAGAGGCCCGACUCAAUGCUAAGUAAUUGAAACAGAAGCGCUCGCAGCGCGCUCGCUGGCGACGUACGCAACUACUAUUUUCUAUUGUUUUCCAGUGACUAGCGGCGGGUAUGUUGCUGCCGGACUACCUCCACGUAGGCAAUAUUUUAUACAUCGUCCGUCCGCAACUCUCGCUUAGCCAAUCAGCGCAGCGGUAUGGGAUUCCGCUCGCCGCGCACUCUCGCGCCAACGUACGCAACUGCUUGCUCACGGCUCCAACUUCUGUUUCAAUUCUUCCCUAUCCAGUCGGGCCUCUAACCUUCCAUACUCUCUGCUCAUUGCGCAGAGCGCUAGCCAUCGCGGCGAGGCGUGAAUGAUUUAAGUCAAUCUGUGUCAAAAUUGAAAGAGGUGCAAUUAAACUCUACUCGAACAAUUGGACUGCAUUUUGCAAUUUGGAGCUAUAAAUUCUGGCUCAUUUGAAAAAACACUUAUGUGCAUAGGGAAACUAAUGGCACAUACGUUGUUUUAAACCGGGGCGGAAUUUAUAGUUCCUAAUUGCAAAAUGUGGUCCAAUUUAUAUUGAUGUAAUAUCAUUUCAAUGAUUUGUUGCCCCCUCAUCUCUUCUGAUUAAAAUAUUUCUCAUAUUUUCACAAAUCUAAAAAUUGUAAAAGAAUUUUAUGAAAAGAAAAAUUCUGGAGCAAUCUAAAAAAAUUGUUAAGAGGUCGGUUUUUACAAACAAAAAGUUUGAUGGUCUUGUAAUUUACCUUUUUCAACUGUGACAGUGUUUUUUGCUACCCAAUCUUUCUUCAGUUUUGCCCAUAAAAACGUUCUAUUGUGGAGUUUUUUUCCCCCAGCCAUACAUAUAGUUGUGAUGCGAUAAGUUAUGCCUGAGUAGAGAAAAAAAUGUCUCAUUUGAUUACAUGAAAGUUAUGUUAGUUUUGAUAGUCCAUCCCUGCUGUCUACUUAAAGAUAACUUACUUAAACUUAUGCCUGAAAAAUAGGAUUUCUUUUUUUUAUGCCAACGGAUUUUUUCGUAAUGUUGUCUUCCUUGUGUAAGUGCUUAGAGCAUGUCAAGUAUUUUCACGUUCUUAUGAAUAAAUUAUGUAAUAAAAAUCAAUAAGUUUUUUA